AGAUCAGACUUGGGGACGUGCAGGAAACAACAUCUUUUUUUUUCUCUUUCUGUUCUCAUCAUUAGCGGACUGCAGAACUUUUGAUAGUUAGUUCAUUUCUGCACACCCAAAGGGAUCACAUCAGUAAGCUGGGAAAGGGAGCCUUGUAGUGUAAUUCCUGACUUGACCUGGUUGGAAGAGCCAUCACUCAGAUAUCACAAUGUCAGAAGAAAACACCAUGAACUAUGAUUAUUACCAAGAUUACUUUGAAAUUCCUAACCACACAGACUUUUCUCCUACCAACCUAAGUGAUGUAAAAGACUUCAACAAAGUGUUUCUCACCACUCUCUACAGUUUGGUUUUCAUCACGGGCUUCAUAGGUAAUGGACUAGUGGUGUGUGUCCUGGUGAAGCACCGCAAUCAGAGCAACCUGACAGACAUCUGCCUCUUCAACCUGGCUCUCUCUGACCUCCUCUUCGUCUUCACGCUGCCUUUCUACUCUCACUAUGCCAGGGUCGGCCAGUGGACUUUUGGAGACUUCAUGUGCCGUUUGAUCUCCUGCUCUCACCACAUUGGCUUCUUUAGCAGCAUCUUCUUCAUGGUUGUCAUGACGCUGGACCGCUACAUGAUCAUCGUGCACGCUCACAGGGUUGCACGUUAUCGCACAAUGAGGGCAGCCAUCAUUCUGACCGUGCUCGUUUGGAUGCUGAGCUUGUUUGUCUCUCUGCCAGAUUUUAUCUUCAUAAAGGCAAUAGAACAGGAAUCCCAAGGAGUGCAGUGUUACUAUCCUGAGGAGAGCAAAGUCUGGGAGCAUUACAGCCUGUUCACCAUAAAUGUGCUGGGUCUCGUCAUUCCCUUGCUGGUGAUGGUAGGUUGCUACUCCAGGAUCAUCCCCACGCUGGUGAGCAUGAGGACUGCAAAGAAGCAUCGCAUUGUCAAGCUGAUCAUCUGUAUAGUGGUUGCAUUUUUCUUACUCUGGGCUCCAUAUAACAUUUCCCUUUUCCUGGAGUUUCUUCAGAAAAGACAAAAAAUCUCCCAAAAUAAAACCUGGGACAAAAAUUUAAGGCUGUCAAAAACAGUGACUGAGGCCUUAGCUUACACUCACUGCUGUCUGAACCCCAUCAUUUAUGCUUUUGUGGGAGAGAAGUUUAUGAGACGAGCAUUGCAGCUGCUGAAAAAGUUUGUGCCUUUUUACGGAAGAUAUUUGUCAGACAGCUCAUUCAGGAGAAGCUCAGUUAUGUCCAGGGGCUCUGAAGUCACCUCUGCUUCUUUGAAACUAUAGAAGGUGGAGGGCAGUUGUAAUUGUUUUUGGCAUGAAUGUUUCACCCUCAGACCAUUCCAUGUUUUUUCUGUUAGUUUUGUUUGUUUAGUCACUUUGCCAAAUACCACCAGUGUUUUUCACCAGUGUCUCUCCUUUAAAGUUUGUCUGUACACCUUUAGAUCCUGUGGAUGUUGUUAUGACCAUAAGAUUUCAGAUGUCUUAUAAACUGUGAAAAGUGGUUUAUUGAAAUGUAUGGCAUUCUGAAGUUGGGAAUUUGACGUUAAACAAAUUUUCCAGUGUUGAUUUUUUUUCUCACUUUUUAAAUAUAUAUAUAUAAUACACAGUGGUCUGACCUACUUUUACUACCUUUUACUUUUACAUUGUAAAUAAAUUCUUAUCGUUU